GCAUAGCUGUCAAGUUUUCCCUUUUCUCGCGAGGAAGCCUAUUCAGCAUAAGGGGAAAUCCCUUUAAAAAAGGGAUAACUUGGCAGCUAUUGGGGGGGGCAGGUGGUCGGUGUAGCCGGGUAGAGAAGGCGGAGGAGGAAGCGAGGAGGCUGCCCAGGGUGGAAAGGGGUUGUGGGUGAGCUGCAUCUCUGGCCUGCCUGGGAGGGGUGCGGGCUUCGUGCCCCUCUUGCUGGUCAUCCAUGCCUGCCUGGCAGUGCGACUGGGCACGAGUUGGGGCAAAAGCCGUGGAGGGAGAGGGGGUGGAGACAGUUCCUGGUGACAGAAAGCUAGGUGUGGUGGGAGGAUGGCUUCAUGACAAUAGACCCUUCACGUGAGGGUUGACAUAUUUUGAAAAGCAAAACUUUCGUGGCUUCCACUUUUAACUAUGGAUCACUACGACGACUCUACCCAUGAAAAAAAAGAGUACGUGCCCUGGGGAAAGAGAGGACAUAUGGCAACCCUACUCCCAUCCUCUCUCCUGUGGGUUGAAGGGAACCCCUUGCACCUAUUUGGGCUGUAUCUGUGCUGUGUUGUACCGAACCUUUCUCCAUUCCGUUCCCACCGCUUUCCUUAACAGUCUCUCUGCACAGCUGAGCUCCAAAGAUGGUGCCAAAGACCUUGGGGAGCCGCCAGCUACUCUGCCUACGGUUGGCACAAACCUUACUGACCUUCAAAUAGGAAAGAAAAUCACAAUUCGUGAACUGGGAGGAUGCAUGGGCCCCAUCUGGUCUAGUUAUUACAGUGACUGUUGCUGCGUCCUGUACAUGAUUGAUGCUGCUAAGCCUACGCAAAUCUCCUCAUCCUGUAUUCAGCUUCUGUCACUUCUUUCUGCUGAGCAGCUAGCAUCAGUCCCCGUACUCAUCAUUUUCAACAAGAUUGACCUACCCUGCUAUAUGUCCCUUGUGGAGAUGAAGUCAUUGUUCCGAAUCCAGGAUAUCAUUGCCUGUGCCAAGCAGCCCAUCACUGUUGUAGAGACCAGUGCACGUGAUGGCAAUGGCUUAUCCAACGUGAUGCAGUGGUUUCAUUCUACAACCCGAUGUGAUUGAAGCUGGAGAUUGCUCUUAUCUCAGGUACCUCGGUUGGACAUGGAGCAGCAGAAAGAGAGCUAGGCAACAGUCCUAGUCUUAUCACUCAGGGUGUGAAUUAGGAAGCGGCAGCUAGCAAAAUUUAUAGCCAGCAAAACUUAAUAGUUCUCUGCAGGCAGUGGAAACAACAUUGCUGCUAUGGACUUUGGGUGUCAUUUGAACCCGAAAGUAAAUAUUUUCAUAUUUAAAUCA